AUGAAGUUCCCCAAGAUCCUCUCCGUCGUUCUGGCCACCCUCUACAUGGGUGUCAGUGCCCACCCCACUACCCUCUCUAACGACAUCCAGCACGUCCGUGCGGAAAUCAGGGACGACCCGCUUGAACUUCCUGCCGACAUCGAAAAACGCGCAGGUCACCAGGAGACUGAGCGCUUCAAAGAUACCCAGAAGUAUUUGGGGAAGCAAAAACUUCAGCUAGGCAAAUCCUAUUCCUUCCAGGUCACCUGGACCCAGGGCGCGGCUGGCUCAGAGACUGGAACCACGUCACCGAUCGAGAGAGAAAUGAAGAAAACCCAACAGGAUUAUGGGUUCGACCAUACUGCCAUUGUUGUCGGCGAGGUCGUGAAGAUCCCGGUAUCAGCAAACAUUCAUAAGUUGGACUUUAAGGGCGACCUUUACCACUUGCGUGCCAAGCUGCAGGGUAGCGGCCAAAAGGCAUGGUACAAAACCUGGGUGGAUGGACCAAUUGCAUGGGAUCCCAAGCCUACCGAGAAGACAGUGAAGCUUCUGCACCUCAGGGAGGUCAGCGGAAAGUGGGAAGAAAAGGCCAAGGGCGCUAACGGGGCUGCUAGCAAGAUUAGUGAGAAUAACGGCAACAAAUGGCAAGGUAAACGGAACGACUGCGAAGAAUAUGUCAAGGCUUUUGAGAAAGCGUUAUAG